UUUAUUGCAUGCCUACCUCCCCCACCCCAUAGAUAGUUCCCACCUUCCACCUCAUAGACCACAGUAUUCAAAACAUAAAAACAAAAUCUAUGUCCAAAUUUUCAGAAUUCCUUUAACAAAUGGCCUUCAACAACAAAUCCAAGAAGUCCAGUUCCCCUUCUAAUUUUACUUUCUGUGUCACCCUUUUCUUUCUUGUUCUCUUCACCGUACCAACAUUUUUCCUCCUCCACACACCCAUCACAUGCACCACCCUAUCCAAAACCUGGUCAGGUGAUCUUCUUUUAGCCGAAUUUGCAUGGAACAAACUCCCAUUUCUGGAACAGAACCCUUCACCCGUAGCUCUCAAAAUCGCUGUCUUCUCUAGAAAAUGGCCUAUUGGAACCACUCCUGGUGGCAUGGAGCGCCAUGCAUACACUCUUCACACUGCUCUAGCUCAGCGGGGCCACAAGGUUCAUAUAUUCACCUCUCCUCCACAAGAAGAAACCACUUCGACCUUUUGUUCAGCCACAACAAAUCACCAAGAAGAUGUUAAUGCUCCUUCUUCACCCUUCAUCCAUUGCCAUGAAGGGGAGCCAGGCAAGUGGCGCUACAAUAAAGCAUGGGAACAGUUUCUGGAACAAAACCAGAAAGAACCCUUCGAUGUUGUUCACUCAGAAAGUGUAGCACUUCCUCACUGGCUCGCUCGCGACCUUCCAAACCUUGCAGUUUCGUGGCAUGGCAUAGCACUUGAGAGUUUGCAAUCUAGCCUUUUCCAAGACUUAGCUCGUAGAACUGAUGAACCUAAAUCCCCGGAUUUUGACAAAGGCUUAUACGGGGUUCUCCCUAAGAUUCUAAAUGAGAUAAGGUUCUUCAGAAACUAUGCACACCAUGUUGCUAUAAGUGAUAGUUGUGGUGAAAUGUUAAGAGAUGUGUACCAAAUCCCCAGCAGAAGAGUGCAUGUGAUUCUCAAUGGAGUUGAUGAGGGUGACUUCAGAGAAGAUGUGGAAUUGGGAAACGAAUUUAGAACCAAAAUUGGCAUUCCAAGCAAUGCUAGAUUAGUGCUUGGUGUCGCUGGAAGAUUAGUUAGGGACAAAGGCCACCCUCUCCUUCAUGAAGCAUACUCUAGGCUAAUAACAAAACAUCCUAAUGUGUAUUUGAUUGUAGCUGGCUCAGGACCAUGGGAGAAUCGAUAUAGGGAUUUAGGAAAUCAAGUUCUUGUUCUUGGAUCCCUGAGUCUUUCCAUGCUACGAGCAUUCUACAAUGCCAUUGACAUUUUUGUCAAUCCUACACUUAGGCCACAAGGCCUUGAUCUUACUCUGAUGGAAGCCAUGAUGAGUGGGAAACCCCUUUUGGCAUCAAGAUUUCCAAGCAUCAAAGGUAGUGUUGUGGUGGAUGAUGAAUUUGGCUUUAUGUUCUCUCCCAACGUGGAAUCCCUCAUGGAGGCACUUGAAGCAGUGGUGAAGGAAGGAAAGGCAAGGCUUGCAAGGAGGGGAAAGGCAUGCCGUGAAUAUGCAAUUUCUAUGUUUACAGCAACAAAGAUGGCGUUGGCCUAUGAGAGACUAUUCCUGUGCAUAAAAGAAGAUAAAUUUUGCAACUAUCAUUGA